CACCCCCUGUACGUUAUUAGGAACGAAUCAACUAACAUUCAUUCAGGCCCAUGGAUAUUUAGAAUUUUCAUAGGCGUUGAUGAUAGAAUAAUGUUUUCCCUCAUCCUUCUGCCACGUCUCCUCGAUUCUAUCCUUUUUCGCUUGCCUCUUUCUGGGCUCAGGUGAUCUCAUAUCCAUCCUGACGACUGCACCCAAUGGAAGUGAUGGUGCAGUCAAUGGGCAUUCUUACCAUUCCCUCCCUCUCAUCGAAUUCAUCAUCUUUGUGUACGGGGAGAUUCCAAUUCUCAAACUCAACUGCAAAUCUCAAAUUUGCUCCUAUACCCACUGCACUCAAAUGCAGAAAUGAAGGGAGAAGAACAAAAUUUCGCUACCCAAAAGCAGCAGCGGAUGUAGGGGAGACUAAAGAUGAAGGCGAGACUAAAGAAGUUAAACCGAAAAUUGACGAUUUUGAGGCGAGGAUAGCGAAAUAUCAGAGAAAAAGGCCCGGAACUGGUAAGAAGGCAGAAAUGAGAAAGCUAAGAAAAGCGGGGAUGGACCCAUCAAAAGUCAAGUCCAGAAAAGAAACUAUUUUGCUGCCUCCAGUCCCUCUGAAGGAUCCCAUGUCUGGUGGCCUCAAGGUAGAGCUCGGCUUCAAUUCUUACAGCGAGAGGCUCAAUGCCAGAUUUGCAGCAUUGGGUCUAGCAGCCUUGCUCUUGGUUGAAUUGGCUUCAGGGCAGAGCCUAAUCAAAUAUCAUGCCCCUGGUACUCUUAUUUUACAAACAUACUUUAUCUUAGCAGUCUCUGCACUUGUUGUGAAAUAUGAGAAAGAAAAUAUUAGUAUUUGGCCCAAAAGCAAGCCUUAAUUGUAUUUUUUAAGGUUCAACUACUCAGGGAGUUGAGUUCUCGCUUGUGCGGACUGUUCUCAUUCUUUUGAAUCCUUUUACCAUGAUAUUUUCUUUCCGAUUCUCUUAGGGCGCUUCCCUGGCCUGUUGUUACUGACCUUGUACUUCAUUUCCAUUGACCAACUUUGGUCACUCGGAAAAAUGUUCAAUUUUUAGCCAAAAUAUUGAUAUAAAUUGAGUACUUCAAAUUCA